UACACUCACAAGAACAAUGGGAGAAGGCGAAGACAACGCAGAAGAACCACAGAUAAUCUCGAUCACCAUGCCACCACCAUUUCAUCACCACGACAAGAAGCAGGCCGCAUUGCAUGUUUUACGGCGAGGCCGGAGGCGGCGGAGGGAAGAAGAAAAAGAAGAAGAAGAAGACGACCAUGACGAUGUGAAGAAAGAGGAAGAAGAAGAAGAGGAGAGAGAAGAGGUAGAGAAAAAGAUUGAAGCAUUGAAGAAGAUAGUGCCAGGUGGCGAGUCAGUAGAAGGAGUUGAGAAGCUCUUCGAUGAAACCGCCGGUUACAUACUCUCUCUUCGCUGCCAACUCAACACUCUUAGGGCUCUUGCUGCUUUCUUUCACAAUCUCCACCAAAACACCAAUUAACCUUAACUUCGAGGUUAAUUAAUUCUCCUUAAUCAUCAUCAAUCAACGGCUCAUUAGUUAGAUUCUUAAUUUUGUUUUUUUUUUUGUUUCUGUACUUUGGUUGGGAUCAAGGAAAAUAUUUCCCUUCUUCUUAAUUAGAUUUAUUUAUUUAACUUUGUACCUGUUUUUUUGGGGGCGGUAGUUAUUAUGUUAUUUA